GUUCACCGCUUGUUGAUGACGACGGCAGGCGGCGCAGGUCAGUCGCUCAGAGGUGUUCCUGGUAGGAGCAGUGCCUGUUUAGAUAACAAACAAUAAAUACAUGUUAUUGCUCUUGAAAGACGGAAGAACUACCCGGUAACCGAAUGAAGCCGCGGCAGCGUGAAACCCCGGUGAGCCGCACGCGAAGUGGCGCCGCUUCACCAACGUCUCUCACGUUGUUGUGAAGGCCUGUUGCUAGCUGCUGGGGAUCCGCGGGCUCGUCCGGUAGACGCCCGGGCCGAGAGAGAGGGAGCGGGGUCCCGGACGGGAGCUCCGUGGGCGGCGUGGCUCGCACGCUGGCUGCCCAGUUUUAAACGAAACGAAGACGCCAUCUCUCCGUCUCCGCCGUGGCGGUUGUAAACCAGUAACUCGAGGGUUUGUCACCCAGCUAGGACUAACGUUAGCUACCGUGUGUUUACAAGCUAACUCAUGCCAGACCCCUCAGAAGAAGUUGGCACUUUAUUUUCAGUUCAGGAUUUUUAAUAUUUUGGGUGCCACCACCCGAACCACCCCCAGCCCGCUCGCUGCUGGUGAUUGUGUCGGACUGAAGGUCGCGGGCCAGGCAGCUGAAUCAAAAGGUCUCCCAAGUGUGAGGCUAUCGCAGCCUACGGUGUAUCUGCCGCUGGCCAAAGUUGUGUGACCUCAUCUGUAGAGAAGGAGUGGACUUUGACGUGCUGAUAACCGGAGCUACUUUUUUAACCAGUCGGUAUCCCGGAUGAAGGCUCACGGAAGGUUGUGGAAUCUCUCGCUGUCGGGACUCGCAGGUGUCACCUGUUCCUCUUGGCACCGCUGAUCUCACGGGACCAACAUCUGCUGCGCCACAACCCGACCGAUCUGCUGUCCGAUCCCCCGUCGAACCAGGACCACGAUGAAUCGUUACCUGCCGGUGGCGCGGCAGCACUUCCUGGCCGCCCUCGCCAGCACCAGUGUGGUGGUGAAAAGCAUCAGCGCUGUGGUGGUCCUCCUCUACCUGCUGUCGUGGGCGGUCGACGCUCCGUACGCCCUGGGGGUGACCCCGGGCUACCUCUUUCCGCCCAACUUCUGGGUGUGGACGCUGGCGACCCAUGGGGUGGUGGAGCAGCACGUCUGGGGUGUGGCGGCCAACGUGGGAACGGUUAUGGCCUGCGGGCGUCUGCUGGAGCCUCUGUGGGGCGCCCUGGAGCUCCUGAUCUUCUUCGCGGUGGUGAAUGUCUCCUCUGGCCUCCUGGCGGGCCUCUCCUAUCUUCUCACCUAUGUGGCCACCUUCGACCUGGACUACCUGUUUGCCGUACGCAUCCACGGAGCGUCCGGGUUCCUGGGAGGCGUCCUGGUGGCCCUGAAGCAGACCAUGGGGGACACCACGGUGCUCAGAGUGCCACAGGUGAGACUGAAGGCAGCACCGGCUUUGGUCCUCCUCCUACUGGCCUUGCUGCGCCUUUCUGGGCUGCUUGACAGCUCUGCUGACCUGGCCGCGUUCAGCUUCGGCGCCCUGUCCGGCUGGGUCUACCUGCGCUUCUACCAGAGGCACAGCCGGGGCCGCGGGGACAUGUCGGACCAUUUCGCCUUCGCCAGUUUCUUCCCUGAGGCGCUGCAGCCGGCCGUGGGGCUGCUGGCGGGGCUGGUGCACGCUGCUCUUGUGAAGGUGAAGGUGUGCAGGAAGAUGGUGAAGCGGUACGACGUAGGGGCCCCCUCCUCCAUCACUAUCAGCCUGCCGGGCACGGACCCACAAGACGCAGAAAGGAGGAGACAACUGGCCCUCAAGGCUCUGAACGAGCGUCUGAAGCGCGUGGAGGACCAGUCCGCCUGGCCCAGCAUGGACGACGAGGAAGACGAGGACGAGGACGAGGUCCGAACCGACACACAGCUGCUCCUCCCAAGCGGGCGUGACCCCUCCUCCUCCACGCCAGGGGGGCCUGUCGGUGCCUCGCUCUCCUCCACCUCCUCAUCCUCAAUGUCACAGAGCAGCGGAGGGCCGUCUACGGGCGGAGCGCAGCACCCGGAGUCCAGCAUUAUCAGCUUCGAGGACGCCCCUUCUAGGUCGUAACAAAAGUGAACGCGCGUACACGGAAACGCACGCUCUGUUGGGUGUCACUGGCAGGUGUACUAGUGUACUCAGCGUCCACUGACUAGUAUACAAAUAUGCUCAGUGAGUAGGUAUACGCCCGAUAUCGCACACGGCAACACAGACCAGUUCACACACAACCGUGCCCCUCCAAACACACUGUCAAUGUCAUCACGAAGGCCAAAAGGGGUGCAAACUAUCCAGCGCUCUCAGUUCAGACAUAAACGCUCAGUGUCGUCGGGCAACCUGGACACUCGGCUCUUCUCUUCCUUCCUGCACACCGACCGGACGUUCUGUCUUGCCCAAACUUGAUCCCAACUCGUGGAGCUCGGUCCCACUGCUUCAUGUGUCGCUUUCUAAAUAAAUAACAAAAUGGGUGUACAAUAGUCAUUUUCUUUAAGUCUUUUUCGGAGCAGCCACAGUCAAUAGCCACGACAACGCCGUCGGUGACGGACGAAGACUCGCGCCGAAUCCUUGAUGAAAAACAGCUGACGGUGACGUGCGCUUUUAGUUCUUGAUAUUUAACCAGGUGCGUGAAGGAGGAAGUAUGAAAACUCAGCCGACGUGCUGGACCAGGGGAAAGAAGUCCUGCUGAUGAACUGUGAUAAAAAACUUCAAGAUUUGUGAAGAAAACUUUCAGACGUUGUGAUGACCGCGACGACAAGUUGAUGAAUUCAUUUUUAAACUUGCGAUCGUCAGGUUGAAAGUUUCCAAAUUAAAAGCCCAGUAGAUUAUGCUGCAGGUAGUUUGUGGUCCAACGGCUGUUGCGUUCCACAAACCGUCUUGGAAAAACAAAAACAAAGAAACAGCUGAUUGUUGUUUUGGUUUUGAUACUCGGCAGGUUCCCUCAGACACCUUGAAGAAAGAGAUUGAAAUCUAGAAACUACACAAAAUGUUUGGAUUAUGAUGUUAGAUGUUUAAUUCCAACAUGAAGUCAUUCUGUUUUUCAUAUUUAAUAAUCUGACAUUUGUUGUGCAAAGAAAAAUCUUGAGGUGCCGAUGAGUUAUAAAUUUGUCACCGACUGAAUUGACGUACUCUAAAUUGAAAACUAAUCAAUUGUAAUUGUGCCAUCUGUCGCCCACUAUCCUAUACUGGAUACGUUCCAAAUGUCAGCAAAGACCCAGCAAAGUUUACAGUUUUACCAACGACCGUAUUCAAUAUCCCAGAAACGCCAAGUAAAUAUUGUGGACGCGUAUGUUAUGCACGGGAGGAACGAGUCAAAUGGGUAAAAAAGAAAGAGAAGAGAAAGAUGAAAACUAGUUUGGAUUCCCGAUCAGCUUUCUCUUUUCUCUGAGACCAUCUAGCCCGCUACGGCGCCGCCAUGUUUUGAGAGUAGCUUUGAAGGAAGAGUGUCACAGGAUUGGCUUUGUGGUCAAACGGCGCCGUGCGACUUGAUGUGUUGACGAAACGAGCGAUCAUGUCACCAGUUUAGUGACAAAUGCUCCUGGGAAACAUUAGCAGUCUGAUAUUCAAACUUGCGGUGACCUUCAGCUUUGUCCCUGUAGAUUUCCGGCCCACGGGUAUGUGACACCCGACAGUGAGUUCCUUAAUGUUUUGUACGGCGAAAUUCAGAUGAAACAUGUUUUCAGUUCGGACUCUUUAAGUCCAGACCAUGAUUAACGGUCACUGUUCACCAGAAGGAGAUGUUUUAUGUGUAGGAAGUGAUAAGCCAUAAGAGAGUGAAGUUCUGUCCUGUGUGUGUCUAUCUCUAUCUUUAUCUCCAUCUCUUAUUCGUUUGACAAGAUGUUUGCGUCGCAUUCUUUUAAUGAAAUAUGUCAAAUCAAGCUUCAGAGUGUCGUCGGAUAUCUGAAUCCUCAAACCGCCUUUCUGCCGUCAGAAGCAUUCACGGGAGUGAUGGAGGAAAAGUGUCCCAAAAAAACAACCGGUGAUGCAGUGACCGAGCAGUCGGUGGAAGAUACCCGUGAAGCGCGCAGCUUGAGCGCAUUGGUCAUCGUCCCUGUUCCCUUUUUGUUUAGUUUAGUUUCUCUCUAUUUAUAUUUGUUCUGGCUAUGAACAUCCUGCCAGAGUAAAAAGGAAUGACACCACACACCGCCUGCUGAAUAAUGAUAUUUUACAGUCUGUUGACAGGCGAGCUGAAGUCGAGGAUAAUAAGUGGUAUUGCUGGGUUCGUCAGCGGACACGCCAUUUUUUUGGUCAAUGACCAGGCAACUGAUUGCUCUGAAUUGCAAUAUUGCUCCAUAAAUGGUUCAUAAGUGUUUUAUCCGGUCCACUAGUAUCUUGUCAUUAUCAAAGUCAGACCACAGCAGGUGCUUUACCCAAACUAUUCUAACCCCCGUUUGGUUUCCUAUCAGAGUGGCGGGUGGGUGUUCAGUUUCUCUGACCAGUCUUUGUGUCAACUGGAAUAAUGGGAUUUUAAUGAGAUCAGGGGGAAAAGAUCUCUCUUUUUAAGUUGAUAUUUGUACCUGCUCUGUUUUUGAGUGUGCUGCUGGCAAAGGAAGUAAUUCACGGCAAUGUUUCCUUUAAAAAAAAUAACAAUAAAGACAUCUUCACUGCUUUAAUUUUC